CGCCCUUCCAGUGUUCACCCAGCCUCAGAUCAAUAAGAGCACUGUUUGAGUGUCAUCUUGUUGCUUUUCACUUAAAAUAAAUCGACCUCUCCGGGUGUCAAAAUGCUCGCUUUGCUCCGUAAACAGCUAAGCACCCAUCCAGCCCUCAUCCCCCUUUUCAUGUUCAUUGGAGGAGGUGCCACCAUGUCCAUGAUGUACCUGGCUCGUCUGGGCUUGAAAAGCCCUGAAGUUUGUUGGGAUCACAAAAACAACCCUGAGCCCUGGAACAAACUGGAUCCGACUCAUCAGUACAAGUUCUUUGACAUAAACACGGACUACAGCAAACUGAAGAAGGACCGCCCUGACUUCUAAAGAUCACAUCUGCUGAACGACAAACCGCACAAAUGGUCCUGUUGGGAAAGUUCAUCCAGAGAUCUGGGAGAUGCAGAAGCUGAAUCCGCACGUCUCAUUUUAAAGCUUCGACAUUACACCCAGGCUUUUCGUUUAAACAGUUUUCAACUAAUAAAGGGACUCCUCCUCCAUACAGAGAAAAUCAUCUAA